AUGGUACCCUAUUAUGAUGGCCUUCUUGCCUUUCUCUUCAGACAGUUUUUCUAUACCAUCCCGGAGGCCCCCCCAGUUGAGCUCCACGGGAAAUCAGUUCUCUUGACUGGGGCAAAUUCCGGGAUUGGGUUUUGCCUAGCAUUAGAACUGGCAUCUCGCGGGGCUAAAGUGGUGGCCGCAGUCAGGUCAGUCCCAAAGGGCGAGGCGGCAAAAGAGAAAAUCCUCGAACAAGUCCCAGCAGCCCAAGUUGAGGUGCGAGAGUGCGAUCUUGCCUCAUUCGAUUCGGUCAAAGCUUUUGUGAACCAAAUGAGCCAGGAAUCCCAAACUUUUGAUUUAGUCAUUCUGAAUGCUGGGGUAUGGUGCUCUCAGUGGAUGGCCUCUGCAGAUGCGUUCGAUCUUUCGCUACAGGUGAAUGUGUUAUCAAAUGCUCUUCUCGCCAUGCUUAUCCUCCCACAUCUUCGCUAUAAAAAUAGUAAACCCCGGAUUGUCUUCGUGACGUCCGAGGGACACGCAAUGGUUCCAACCAGCUUUAUGCAAAACAACAGCAUCCUAGACACAUUCAAGCAGAAACCCCAAUCCUUUGACCACUACACCCACUACUAUACCUCCAAAUUAUUUGGGCUUCUCUGGGCCCUUGCUCUUUCUCGACGCAUUGAUCCUGAAAAGCUUUUGGUCGUUCUGGCGUCUCCUGGUCUAUGCAAAAGUGAGUUAUUCCGGAAUGUGAGAUCUGCACCCACAGACCUUUUAGCCAAUUGCUUCGCUCGGUCAUGUGAGGAGGGAGCAAGAAUGAUCUUGAUUGCCUCCGUAGCCGAACUGGCAGAGAACAGUGGGGCCAGCUACUAUAGUCAAGGAAGUCAAGUACCCGUUUCUCGUUUCUCGUCAAGCGCUGAAGGAGUCAGCUGUCAGGAGAGACUGUGGGAGGAAGUUGCCAGCACUUUAGAGCAGGUGGAUCCUGAAAUUGAAGCUUAUUUGUGA